AUGACAUUAAACUAUACGAGAAAUCCAUAUUGCGAUAACGGAAUAAAAAACGUGUCAAUAAAUUAUGUCAAAGCGGAGGGACCAAAUGAUACUCUUCACUACCUUUGGGAUUUCACGCAUAAGCCGACGUUAUUUUUAGCUAAAACCGAUCUCGAUACCAAUUUUCAUUUCGAUUGUAACGAUUUUAUCAACGGGUAUCCACAUUCGUUUAAUUUUACAAAAGUUCCUUCGUACGAAUUUUCACUCUUGUUCAAUAAGCUGAUAGAAUUCAAUGACGUCAACGAUACAGGUAUAUUAACGCCGGAUUCGAAAACUAUUACCUACGACAUGAAAAAUUUUCUGUGGGAAACGACGGGAAAAUUGAUAGGGGAUAAAAAUGGGAAAUUCGUUAAAAUCGUCAUGACGGGUUUCAAUCAUUCGGAUCCGAAUUAUAAUCUUAUGGGACGAGUCAUCACCGCUUUCGGUUUUGAAAAUCACGAUGUCGAACUUCCGAGACUUUUACAUUCUCCAAAUUCGACACAAAUAAAAAUAAUAUUAGACGAUUUAAAAUCGGAUUCCGGUUUUAACGAAAGUCGUCGAUUCGCAUUGGAAAUGUUACUCGUGAGUUCGAACGAGGACGAUGAUGACGACAUUAAAAAAAAUUCAUCCUCGAAAAUAAUAUUAAGGAAAAAUACGGAUGAUGAAAAUUCACCGGGAAUAUUUUCCAUGGUUGACGUCAUGACUCCGGGAUCAUUGAAUCAAAAACACAGAGGUGCUUUCUUACAAUGGCGUCCCAUCAUUUACGUCACGAAAAAUCCAAGCAUAACGAAUUCGUCGGAAAUCGUGGCGUAUAAUUUGGCAAACGUGUCACCAGAUUCCGAGAACGACGAUGAUUUGAUCGAUUCCCUACCCCUCAUUUAUCACGGUGAUGAUAUAAAAAAUUGUUUGAUCGAAAGGAUCGUCGUGUCUAUGGGUUCGUCACAAGAUGGAUUCUAUAAAAAGACUAAUUAUACUUCGUGGACUUUUUUAAUGAAUUAUGGAAGUCCGGAACAGGAAAAAUUUUCCCUAUUGGUCAUACUCGUCAUGUGCAUCGGUUUGGGAUUGCCUACAUUGCUCAUAAUAAUAGGAGGAUUAUACCUUUGCACGAAACCUCUUAGAAGAAAAAAGGACGAAUUGUCGUUGGAAAGAUGA